AAGGCACUGCGAUCCUGAUCGAUGAUAGAAUCUAUUGUACCGUAAUCUUAAAACAGCUUAAUCCUAACUUUUUCUGUCGUAUGUCAUUCAGGAUAUGACGAGAUGUCAUUUAAACAUGAAUAAUGUUCAUUUAGUGAUGAAUAAUGCAAAGAAGAUUGCUGACUUUUUCAGAUUUAGUCAUUAUUUUUAUAAUAUUUACUUUGACUGUUGCUGUAGCUUGUUAAAGACAUAAAAGUUUAAGUUUGCUUAUUAUCUGGUUACUGUCAUCAAAAUGGAAGUUCAAUUCCAAUUAUUAUUCUUAAUAAUAGCUGCAAUAAUAGGAAGCAUAAGAGCCUCAACUGAUGUUGUGUACAGCCAAUCAAUUAGCACGUGUAACAUUACCUCAAUUGCCGUGCCAAUUGCUAAAUCCGUGACUGCUUGUGACACUAAAAUAACUUGCCCGAUUUGUAAUGAAGAUGCAGAAUUCAGACUCAUAGAUUCGGACCAGAAACCGAAAAUAUCAACAAUUAAUGGACUCCGGGUUAAAAAUGGCAAAAUCUACUAUUUGCCACAAUUUCCUCAGCUCGCAAAGAACUUGAAAUUUUUAUCAAUCACAUCCUCAGAACUAAGCAAAGUGACUCAACAGAAUUUAGAACAUUUGGUCGAGCUAGUGACACUGGAACUUAGUGGUAAUAAAAUUCAAAGCUUAGAAAAGGACACUUUUAAGUUUAAUAAAAAAAUCAAGGCUAUUCGCGUAUCCAGCAAUCUAAUAACAUUUGUUGAACCAAAAAUAUUCAAUAAUCUCGUGGAUUUCCAGUUGCUGGAUUUCAGAAGCAUUAGAUGCUACACAGGAUUAAUCAUAAGAGAUAAAUCAGGUAGAAUGAGUCGAGAGUUGGAUAUCCUAACGUCCAAUUGUAAUAAAAGAAUCGUUGUGGCACCAAAACAAGUUGAAAAUUGCACUAAAGACAAUCGAGCUGAAAUAUUAGAUUAUUUUGAUGAAGCUUUACUCUCAACAGCAUCAACAAUGUCAAAUGUUACUCACCAAUGCACACAUUCAUCCACAUUCCAUGACUCAACUAAGAUCGAGUUAUUUUUGGUCAUCCAAACAUCAAUCAUUGCUGUCUUAUUCAUCACAAUCUUUGUCAUAGCUUUAAAAGCUAAGUCAUCAAAUCAGAACAGAAGAAUGACUGGCACACAAGGAGCUCUGUGGUUUGAUAGGUCCGCCGACUCUAAUGCCUCAGCUAAUAACGACACGUAUGAUGAAAUGCCAAUGAAGCCAAAAGCAUCAAAUUAUGAGGAAAUAUCGCCAGAAGCCAUGCAUAAUUGUAGUGAAUAUAAUGUUAUCAGAAUGAAGAAAACUGAGGAAGAGGAUUUGUACAUUGACAUUUCCGAACAAGCUGACAGAAAAAGCGAAGAUUUUAGUCUUUAUGCGAUUCCUAAGAAGAAUUGAGUCACUUAUUUAUGGGG